CUCUGGUUGAAGCUGGUAGUGACAUAAACCAUGCAGAUCGCAAUGGAAGAACAUGUAUGCAUCUAGCUGGGAAGUGUGGAGAUGUGAACACUGUCAGGUACUUGUGCAACAAAGGAGUUGACAUCAAUGCCAGAAUUUGACUUAUAUGGACAAACAAGUUUGAUGCUGGUGGCCCUAUAUGGAGAGGUAGAGAUGUUGAAGCUGUUGUGUGAGCUGGGAGCAUCACUUGACAUUAGAGACAAUGCUGGCGAGACGGUGCUUCAUAAAGCCGCCUCGACCGAAAUUGAUGCCGUUGAGAAACUCCUGUACCUCCUUGAAGUUCAGAAUGUUCAUUGUUGUGGUCUGGACAACAGAGGAAGGACAGCCUUGUUUCCUGCAGUUGAAUUUGGUGACGUUGAUGUUGUUGAACUGAUGUGUCAAAAGGGGUUUGACUUACAGAAGCGUGAUGAACAUGGUACUUCCCUGUUACACUCAAGUUGCAAACCAAGACUCCAAGAUUUGAACAGCAUGAGGAUUGCUACAGCUUGUGAGGACGUGGAAAUUAAGAGGAGAGUCCGUCACAUUGCAGCAGGAAAACAGGCACUCGAUAUUGUGCAGUUUAUCUUGAAAGGUGGUGUUGAUGUAAAUGCGAUGGAUGAAUAUGGCAGGACGCCACUGCAUUAUGCAACUGAAUUCAGACAAAGCGAUACAAUGAAAUUACUCUUACAGAACGCGGCAAAUCCUUGCUCACGGGAUACAAUGGGAAUGACGCCCCUUCACAGAUAUGCUACAAUUGAAGACGGAAUUGAUUCUAAGUCGUUCCUAAGCGCAUCUGUACCCACGUCUGUACCCACAUCUACCAUGUUUGAAAGGAAGGCACUACCAGACUUAGUUCCAGAUUUGAAUGGAGAAUGUAUAUCACUGCUCUUGGAAUAUGGUGCGAAGUUGGACAUUCAAGAUGACAAGGGCAGAACUGCACUGCAUGUGGCUGCGGAAAGAAAGACACCAGGAACUGCUAAGCUGUUUCUAGAAAAAGGAGCCAAUCUUUGUGCUGUGGAUCUGCAGGACAGGGCCCCUAUUCACAUUGCAGCCGGAAAUGGGGGAAUUGGCUGUGUGAAGCUGUUCUUGGAAAAGGAUGCUAACCUGAAUUCUGUCGAUCAACAUGGAUGGACACCACUGCACUAUGCAGCCAAAGGGGCAUUCCUUGAACUGUAUGAUAUUCUCGUGGACAAAGGUGCUGAUCAGUACGCAUGUGAUAAACAAGGCAGAACGCCACGAAGAAUACGAAGAAUAGCAACUGAUUAUCCUAAACAGAUAUACUUUGAAAAAUAUUCCGAUGGAUCGGACAACUCUACUGUGACAAGUGUAGACCCCUGUUCAUUUGAAUAUUUAGAUUUCCCUUCAAGUUCAGCCUCGAGAGAGUGUGGAUCACUCGCUAAUCGACUUGAGGAGAGAGACCGUAUUGGUGUGUCGGCACCGUAUGAAGCAGGGGAGGAUGGGAAAACAAUAAUUUACCUUCGUACUGGAAAUGGGGGCAAUGCUACACAACCCCAUGAUAAUGCAUCUUAAGAGUGUGUGCCGGAUCACAGGCAAACUGUAGCGCAAAUAGGGCUGCCGCAACAGAGAGAAAGUGACCAGUCUUCCUAUAUGCGAGCGAAG